AUUUUUAAAACUCGAUCCACCACUGGGAGGGUCUUCAGAAACGUUAUGGUGGAGUAUUAAAAUGCCAGAGUUGAAACGAAUACUACAUUGCCGUUAAUAUCAACCGGAAAAUGAAAGCUCAGCUGAUAUCUACCCAGAAAUGCUCGCUCUCUCUCUCUCUCUCUCUCUCUCUCUCUCCGACUGAAAACAUCGAUUGCGUCUCUCUCAAGCCCCAGGAAUGACCUCCACCACAACGCAACAUCGCCAAAAACCAUAUAAACCCUAGAUUUCUAGGGUUUGUUCGCAAAUGCAAAAGACCUUGAGCUCAACAUGCCUACGUAUCCCAAGUACUUCAACGCCCGCCCUUCGUCCUACACUCGGAGAUCGACGGUCCUGAUCCUCUGCCUCCUGAUCGGCCUCACCGGAUUCCUUUUCGGUUUCGUCGCCAUUACGAGAUCGAGCUUGGGGUCUAACUGCAAAACCUCCAAGCCUAGAUCGGUGUCGGUUGUUUGGGAGAGAGGUGGAAGUGGGAAUGCUGGGGUUUUCGAUGGGGAUGGAAAGAGGCACAAGGUUAUGGGGUUUGUUGGGAUUCAGACCGGGUUCGGAUCGGUUGGACGGCGCCGAUCUUUGCGCCAGACCUGGAUGCCGUCCGAUCAGCAAGGGCUUCAACGCUUGGAAGAAGCCACCGGGUUGGCUUUCAGAUUUGUUAUUGGUAGAACCAAUGACAAAGCGAAAAUGUCAGAACUCAGAAAGGAGGUGGCAGAGUACGAUGACUUCAUGCUGUUAGACAUUGAGGAAGAGUAUAGUAAGCUUCCAUUCAAAACGUUGGCUUUCUUCAAAGCUGCAUAUUCUCUUUUCGAUUCUGAGUUCUAUGUUAAAGCCGACGAUGACAUAUAUUUGAGGCCAGAUCGCCUUUCACUGCUUUUGGCAAAAGAACGUCCACACUCUCAAACUUAUCUUGGAUGCAUGAAGAAGGGUCCAGUAUUUACAGACCCUAAGCUCAAAUGGUAUGAGCCACUACAUGAUUUGCUAGGGAAGGAGUAUUUUCUCCAUGCAUAUGGUCCAUUGUACGCUCUUUCUGCUGAUGUUGUUGCAAGCUUAGUUGCUCUCAGAAACAAUAGUUUCCGGAUGUUCAGCAAUGAAGAUGUUACGAUUGGUGCAUGGAUGCUUGCAAUGAAUGUUAACCACGAGAACAAUCGUCUUCUAUGUGAAUCAGAAUGUACCCCAUCAUUCAUUUCCGUUUGGGAUAUUCCCAAGUGUUCAGGGCUUUGUAACCCAGAGAAACAGUUACUGGAACUUCAUCAGAAGGAAAGCUGCUCAAAAAGUCCAACUCUAGAAUCUGAUGAUUGACAUACUUGCCUCCAUUUCAUCAACUUCUGCUUCUUGUGUUCAAAGGCCUCUUGGGAGCAGGGCUUUGUUGUUGUAAGCUGGUUCUCUGCUCUUGUAUAUUUCAGACUUCCCGCCCCUGUUUUUCUCCAAAAGUUAAUUUAUACUUGUUUUGUAAUUUGUCAAAAUCGAGCGCGAAAGUUUUGUUUGUCAAAUGGCCCAUCCAGAAUUAGCGUUACAUAUUUUAGGAAUAGCUAUCAACCAAUCAGGAACAUUAUCUCCAAUGUCGACUUGCAUUCCUUGUACUAAUGUUGUCGAUAAAUUUUACUUGAUUGAGGAAA